UUAUGGAUGACGUGGCCUUCUCUCUAUCUCUACCAAACUAUCCAUCCAGAAACUCUGUCCGCUGCCCUUUUCUUCGCACUUUUUCUCUCUUUCCUGUCCCCGCCCCGCCACGUCCUCCUCCACGCUCCGUUUCUAUAGCUUCCCGGAUUUCUCUCUUCUCCGGCGUUCCUUUGCCUUUUUUAUUUUAUAAUUUUUAUAACCGAGAGUAAAAAUCGAAAGGCUGAUAAGGAAAGGGGAGGCAGACAGAGAAGAGAGAGGAAUCGACAGAGUAAAAACCCUUUGCUUUUGUACUCUCGAACUGGCCGACUAGAGAGAGAGAGAGAGAGAGAGAGAGAGAGAGAGAGAGAUCGUUUUGCGUUCAACUGAGUUGGGCCGGGUCUCCGGUGAUCUAAAUCUGGCCACUGAUUACCCUCAUGGUCCAACUAAGAUCCUUGGUGAAGACCGUUCGAUAUUCUGACAAAUUUGUCUUCCUUCAGUUUGCUUGCCGUUUAUGGAUGCAGCUGACAUGCCCAUAUAAAAUACAACAUUAAAAACUACUUUAGCAGCUUUUUAAUAUUUUUUUGUUAUCCACUUUUUUUUUCCCCUUCUCCUUCCUUCCUGGCUUUGUCUGCAAGUUUGGUUGCUGUCUGAGUAUCUGUAUGAAUUCUCUCUACGAACUGCUGCUGAUCCGAGCCCUAACCCAAAUCACUCUUCCAAAAAAAGUGGAGAGGUUUUCCAUGAAAGUUCUCUAGUAUUUGCCCUCUCUUACAUUUUGUUUUUGUUGAUUGUGUGUGUGUUCGAGAGAGAGAGAGGGAGAGGCUUUUGGAGCGUCUGCUAAUUUUGAUGCGCUAUGGAGGGAAAGGAGCAGAAUAUGCACAAGGAAAGUGGAGGUGUUGGUAACAGUAAGAGUGGAGAUGGGCUCAUUGAUAGAAGCAGAGUAAGGAUUCUGCUAUGUGAUAACGACACCAAGAGCUCUGAGGAAGUUUUUACCCUCCUUUUGAAGUGCUCUUAUCAGGUUACUUCAGUGAGAUCAGCUAGGCAGGUAAUUGAUGCACUGAAUGCUGAGGGACCUGAUAUUGAUAUCAUACUUGCUGAAGUUGACCUCCCAAUGAAAAAAGGCAUGAAGAUGUUGAAGUACAUCACCCGAGAUAGGGAGCUACGGCGCAUUCCUGUGAUAAUGAUGUCGGCACAGGAUGAGGUCCCAGUUGUUGUUAAGUGCUUGAGGUUAGGAGCAGCAGACUAUCUUGUAAAGCCUUUACGCACUAAUGAGCUAUUGAACCUCUGGACACACAUGUGGAGAAGGAGGCACAUGCUUGGAUUGGUGGAAAAGAACAUCUUGAAUUAUGAAUUUGAUCUGGUAGCAUCAGAUCCUAGUGAUGCCAACACAAAUAGUACUACUCUGUUCUCAGAUGACACAGAUGACAAGUCUCAGAAGUGCACUAAUCCAGAAAUGGGUGUGUCAAUUCAUCUUGAAAUUGAGGCUGCUGCUGCUGUUGAGCCUUCUAGCAUUGCACUGGAAUAUAGGCCUGAUGUGCCAGGGAUAAGUGACUGCAGAACAGGACAAUUAUCAUCUGGGCCAAAGAAGAGUGAAUUGAAGAUUGGUGAGUCCUCUGCCUUCUUUACAUAUGUGAAGUCAAGCAAAAUUAAAAACAAUUCGCAAGGUCUUACCUCCAUUGGGGACAAUGCUGGUCUAAAAUUGGGGCUUCAAGAGAAAGUUCAAGCAUGUGGUCAGCAAGUGGUUAAUGAUGCUCAAUCACAUGAAAAUGGAGAGAAACGAGAAAGCUUUUCACAUGAUGACUUCCGCAGCAGUUCUAGUAUUCCUGAUUCUCUUUCUUUGGAGAGAUCUUGCACCCCACCCAUGUCAAGGGAAUUUCCUCAAAGGAAUUUCAAGGAUGAAAACCUUCCUUAUGUGCUUAUGCAUGCAAGAAAUGAGCUUCAGCAUGAUGCUUCAAGUUUAUCCACACCAAACGUUUAUCCGUAUUAUAUGCCAGGCGUUGUGAAUCAAGUUAUAAUGUCGUCAUCGGCGCAACUGUAUCAAAAGAAUAUGCAUGAGCUGCAAAGUAAUGCACCUUCAGCUGUUCUGCCCCAAUACAAUCAUCUUCCACAAUGUUCCCCUCAUGUGACUGGGAUGACAUCAUUCCCUUAUUACCCUGUUAAUUUAUGUUUACAACCUGGUCAAACACCUGCUACACAUUCAUGGCCAUCGUUUGGAAGUUCAUCUUCCCCUGGUGUGAAACUAAACAAAUUAGAUAGAAGAGAAGCAGCAUUACUGAAGUUUAGACAGAAAAGGAAAGAGCGCUGUUUUGAUAAGAAGAUCAGGUAUGUUAAUAGAAAAAAGCUUGCUGAAAGGAGGCCUCGUGUGCGGGGACAGUUUGUGAGAAAAGUGAAUGGUUUAAAUGUAGAUCUUAAUGGAGAACCUGCUCCUAUAGAUUAUGAUGAGGAUGAAGAAGAGGAUGAUGAUGAGCAAGCAUCAAGAGAUUCAUCUCCAGACCUUGAUGCUUCAGGAUCCUAAAGUUUCAAAUCCCAUGGGCGAUGCCUGUUCCAUUGAAGAUGUACUUGAAUCAUAUCAAGGGAUGGACGAUAUUGAUUUGUUGCAAAUGUCUGAACUAUCCCUUGGCAGCAUUCCUCUCUUUGGAUGCAAGUACUGCCGGUUGUAUAAGGGUAACAGUGGUGUCAAAGGUGCACCAUAUAGAGCUUUUGUUUGUUCAAGAAUGUUCAACCCAAGAUUGUGCAAGCUGAAGGAGAAAGGUCAGUGUCAUUAUUUUUUCUGUGGAUCAGACCUCAAAAUGUGGCAAGAACGUUGAAAUAUUAAAAAAUUCCUUGAAGAAAAUGACCAUGUAAGGAUAAUUUCUUUAAACAUUCCGCUGGAAAAUAUGAAGUGACUAAAGUUUCUGUUCAGGGAAACUUCAGUUUAA